GGAGAGAAAGCUAAAUGUGUUUUUUCUUUUAUAUAAAAUGCCUUAGCUCUUGUAAAUUGUCAUGAUUGCUCGAAUUUUUUCUGUACUGAAUGCCGAGAGCCACAUUUACGUGAAACAUUUCAAAACAUCAAUUCUUCUGUCAGUCAAUUACGUCGUACUUUACCCGCAUUGAGCGAUAAAAUUACUUCAUAUGAACAACGAGUUAAUAUUGUUAAAACAAAUCAUGAACAAAUUCGACGAGAAAUAUCAUUAGUAAUAGCUACUUUAAUUCAUGAACUAAAGCACCGUUACACAGCAUUAUUGACUGAAGCUGAAGUUUAUAUCCAAUCACAGUUGAGGUAAAUAACAUGAGUAGUUUUCAUUUUCCGUAUACUGUAGACUUUUGAG